AUGUCGGCAGAAAGUCCUGGCAAGAAGAAUAGCUUCAAGUCAUUUUUCGCUAAUGCAUUGCGUCCCAAGAAAUCCCGCCAAACCCUCCGCAAGGGCAGAUCGACCACAGACCUGCGGCUGGCCGCGCAACCCAGUGUCGAGGAAGCCCCCCCAAUGCCAGAGCUGGCUCCAUUGCAUGCCCAUAGACUCAAAUACAGGGAAUUGCACGCGGAAGUGGACUCUCAAUUGGGUGAGCGAAGGGACUACACCGAAAUCAUCCAUACGCUAGGCACAUUUGACGUCAACGAAAUCAACCCUCCAACCUACGAUCACAAUGAACGUCGACCCCCAGGCGAGGGCGACAUAGCAAGUCUCCCACCAAAGCUAUGGGCGCAAAUAUCAGGAUACCUGAAUCCCGCCGAAGCAGCAAGCCUAGCAAUCGCCAGCAUCACAUUAUACCGAAGACUAGGCCCAAGAUACCUCAUGGCUCUUAACCACCCAGACAACCACACCCACAAAAUCAACUUCCUCUCCGGCAUCGACAUCACCCUCCCGCACCACCUUCUCUGCUUCCCCUGCGUACAAUACCACAGACGGACACAAGAAGGCACCGAACGCAUCCGCCCAAGCCACGUCCUAAACCCGCUCUUCAACUGCCCAAAUUCAACAAACGUUCUCAAACCCCCACCCCGCCACCGCAUAACCCACGGCCGCAAUCUGCCCUUCACAUUCGUGCAACUAGCCAUGCGCGCCCACCGCUUCGGCCCCAGCUACGGGCUAGCCCCAGACGCGCUCGGUCGACGCUGGCAGCGCGAUGACUGGUCGCACUCAUCCCGCUUCCAUAUUAACGAAGGCAAGCUCCUAAUGCGCGUCACUAGCCAGACCUUCGCGGCGCCGGCUCUCACGCCGUCCGCGCAGCGCAUGCUCCUGUACUCGCGCGAAGACUACUGUCCGUACUUUAGCGCGUGCGCGCACUGGAAGGACGGCGAGCUCAUGCCGGUGUGUAAGUGUGCGCUGGAGCAUAUCCCGCGGCCGCGGAGUAGUGGCGGGUUGCAAGGGCUCGAGCACAAGGUGAAGGACCGGAUUGCGGGGCAGGUGUUUGAUCCGAAUGCGCUGACGACGCUGUGUGGGUUUUGUCGGCCGAUGCGGAGGUGUCCUGAGUGUCCGACUGAGUAUUUGAUUGAGGUUAAGAUGAGUGAGGAUCUGGUGGAUCGAAGGUUCAAGCAGUGUAUUGUUGUUACGCGGUGGAGUGAUCUUGGAGAUGGGACUACGCCUGGUGGGAUUGAGUGGGGGGCUAUUAAUGGGGAGAGAGAUGAUUUUGAUUCUUUUGGGCAUUAUGCUAAGCGUGGGAUUGCGAGUAUCUUUGAGGCGGCUUUUACUGCGGAUACGCUUCCUGGGCAGCGGGUUGUUUCGCUGAAUCCGAAGAAGAAGAAGCUUGGAGAGGAGGGGGAUAAGUGGUAUUAG